GAUUGUUUGUAUUAUUUCCCCCAACCGCUCAAAACCGAACUCUCCCCCCGCACAUUCUCACCUCCAUUCAUCUCCUCCCAUUCCAUCUUCUUCUCCUGACCGAUCGCGGCGGCGGCGGCGGCGGCGGCGGCGGCGGCAGCUCUCACCUGGUUGCCAUGGAGUCUUCUGCCGCUCUGCGAUCCUUCCACUGUUCUUUUGGUGUCCCAUCACAUGUGAGGUCUUUGCCAGAGAAGACUGGACUGGUCGGUAUGCAUCACUACAAGAAGGCCAAUUCAAGCAACAUUUCAACGGUUGCCGUAUGGUAGGAACCUUCUCUUUCCUUCCAAAAAGACGAGCGUGGCCGAAAUUUCAUGCAUGAGAACAUCAGAUUCUGCCAUAUCAACUGACACCAAUGUUUCCUCAGAGUGCAUUGGAAGAUCAGUGGAGAAGGGGCCUCUUGAAGAUGCAACUUUUCCCAGUGGAUUUCAGACAUUGUUACUGGAAGUUUGUGACGAGACACAGAUUGCAGAACUGAAGCUAAAGGUUGGAAACUUUGAGAUGCAUGUGAAGCGUAAUGUAGGUGCAGCAGAAGUCCCUGCACCAGUCAUAGCAUCACCUGUAACACCACCACCUAUUCCAGCCGAGCCUGUUAACAAGUCAAGCUCUGGUGUUUCACCUCCAUCAGCACUAAAACCCUCUUCAGAGAAGGCUGCUCCAUUUAUGAAUGUCACCUUUGGAAAAUCAGCAAAAGUCAAAGCAUUGGAAGCGUCAGGAUCUAGUGGAUAUGCUCUAGUUUCCUCUCCAACAGUUGGCUCCUUCCAAAAGGGAAGAACGGUUAAGGGAAAGAAGCAAGGUCCCAGCUGUAAAGAGGGCGAUCUGAUCAAGGAAGGCCAAGUGAUAGGUUGGUUGGAUCAGUUUGGCACCGAACUUCCUGUCAAAUCAGACGUCUCGGGAGAAGUUCUAAAGCUCCUUAUUGAUGAUGGAGAAGCUGUUGGUUAUGGAGAUCCUCUUCUGGCUGUAUUGCCAUCAUUUCCCGGUGUUGGUGUCCAGUGAUGCUCUGCCUUAACAGGAUGAAAAAUUUCUGCUGGUUUGGCGAGGUCUGUCAGUUUUUUUACUCCCACUUAAGAUUUGCAUUCGCAAUCGGUUUAAAGCGAUUCUAAUUUGCCACGUAGAAAAAUAUAGAUCUAUGAACUCUACUGAUUUUGCAUCUGCUUUCCAAAGAAACUUGGGAACUAUAGGUUCAACCCUACCUGAAUUGAAGAGAAAUUCAUAAAGCUAAAGCUUUGCUUA